AUGUCUAAAAUGAAAAAGGUAUACAUCCAAGUUCGAAGCAUUGACCUUGGAUCAUAUGCAGCUACUGAUAAGGCAGAAUUGAUCCUCUGUGUUGGCCCAAGACACAAUUUUCAACCAUUUUCAUAUGCUUUGAAGGCAGGCGAAAAGCAUCACAUCAAUCAUACAUGGGAAUUCCAUUUCAAACAUGAAGAAGAUUCUUCUUUUGUUGUUGUCCUUUUCAAGCAUCACUUCCUUGGCGAUAAAGAAAUUGGCGAAUUAGAAUUCCUCAUCUCUGGAUUCCAGCCAAAUACAGUAGUAUCUGAUAAGUUCGUUCUACAAUCUGCUAAUGAAGAGGCAUUUCCAGCUGAGAUUGAAAUGUCAAUUCAUGUUGAUGAAGAUGGUGCUCCUCCAUUCCAUGCUCCAGAAGGAUUCUUAUUCGAAGGAGCAACUAAGAAACAUAAUCAUAUUUAUGGAGUCCCUGAAAAUAAAAUUGCUAAUUAA